AGGGCGGUUUCGCCCGGCGUUGUCGACUCGUAUAAAAAUAGUCGUGGCGCGGCGUGCGAGUCGACGGCGCCUUCCCCGGCUCGUCCUUCGAGCGCGUCGACUCUCCCGUCAUGGGCCUCACGUACGGAAAACUGAGCUACAAAGAGAAGCAAGACCUGUGGGGGGCGAGCCUGCUGUCGCCCUUGUUUGUCGAAGACGACCUGGAAACGCUAAGCACGCUCAGCGUCGGCCGCGUCGUCGUGCCAACGUUUCCGUUGAUCAACCACCGGUGCAAAUUCGCGCUGUGCUACGAAGGCGAGCUCACGGCCGUGAUCCCGAAAAUCGGCACGGUCCUGUUCAAGAUCGGGCCGCAGAAGCAAUACCUUGGCCUCAAGCGGCUCUCGACGGCGGCCGGGUUUUCGUUCAGCCGCGUGUUUCACAAGAGCGUGAUCGAGAACGACAACAAGUUUGUGAUCGACACAGAAGAGAUGCUCGUGUCCGUGUACGCGUCCGACGCGAAGCUCGCCCUCGCCAGCGAGUUUCUUCUCCGCUUCGUCGUGAACAAGAUGAACGGGAACGAAGUCAUCAUCAAGAGCUUCCGCGCGACGUCGUUGCAAGUCGUCAAACGCGCCAAGGUCAUCGCUCUCGAGCGCCAGACGACCAAGUACGAUGCCCACUCGGCCGGCGUGUACUACCUCCUCAACAACGUGCUUAACUCGGACUCGCUCACACUGCUCCGGUCCGUUUCGUUCUUCGCCGACCUCUCGGACGAAAAGCUCGUUCGGCUCGCCGACUUGUCCACAAUCAGUGUCCUCGCCCCAGAUGUGGUGAUCUUCCGCGAGAACGACGAAGAAGGAUCCGAGAUGUUUAUCAUUCUGGCCGGAUCGCUCGAAGUCACUGUGCAAAGUAAAGUCCCAGGAGAACCUCCGCUUGUGCUUGCGACAUUGCAACCUGGCUCGUGCUUUGGCGAGAUGGCCCUCAUGACGCGUGUGCCCCGUGCCGCGACCGUCACUGUCGUGGAGAACGCGAUGCUGCUCAGUAUUGAGCGCAAGGCGUUCCUGGAUUUUCUGGCUGACAACAAAGAGGUCAAAGGAACCAUGACGAGCCUGCUCCAAGAUCGCCUCAUGAAGAAAGCGCUCACUGCCAACAUCGUGCCGUUCUUUAGCGCGAUCGAGUACCGCCAAAUCAUGGCCCUGAGUCGGCACUUUCAAGUCGAGGACCAUUUUUCACCUGGCGACGUCAUCGUGACGCCCGACAUGUACCCGCAGCAGUUUUCGAUCGUGAUCUGCGGGUCCGUCGAAGUCGUCGACGCCACGCCCGACUCGACGAUGACGUGUUCUCUCGGUCCGGGGAGCCACUUUGGCGCAUUUGGGUCGCUCGUUCCUGCCAAAACCGGGUCACCCCUCGUACAACGAAGCGUUGUUGCCAAGUCCAAGUGCGUCCUGUUCACGUGCGCCCACGACGCGAUUGCCGAGGUCAUCGAGACGUCGCCCAUCGACACCGCCGAGAUGUUCAUUCGAUGGACUCGGGACGCCUGCGACGUAAAGCAUGUCAUGCAGCAUCCCAAGGCACGGGAGUACCUCGUCGACUUCUGCAAGUCCGAGUUCUCGGACGAGAACGUGCUCUUCUUGAUGGAAUUGCAGACGUACAUGGCGAUGGCGACGGUCGGGCAGCGGCGGUCCCUGGCUCGGCACAUCGUGGACACAUACAUCCAAGCAAACGCCCCCAAGCAAGUGAACAUUGAUCAUCACAUGCGCGAAGGAAUCCUGGCGAGCAUGUCCGUCAUUGACGCAGGGAUGGGUGAGGUGGACGAGAUGGCGGUCGAACUCACCAUGUUCGAGCCGGCGCGACUCGAGAUCGCGCGGCUCGUCGCCAAAGACAAUUUUCCACGCUUCAAGAAAGCCCCGCAGUUCCGCGCGAUGAUGGCCGCUUUUGAACCCUACGCGCAUGCAACGCACAUUUCGUCCCAGGACGCAUGCACGCAGUUCAAGGAGAACAUCGUGCUCAGUCCUCGGAACCGCAACACGACCGAACUGCUGUACAAAUUUGUCAAGAUUUUGGAAACGGUCAACUUGCACAAGACCCGGCGAAGCUCGAUGCUUCGAGGCGCGGACAGCGAUCUAGCGCCAAUGCUGAGCAACAAAGUCGCAAUAGAAAAGUAGGUUUACAAUAUUUGGCAGUCUCUACGGCAAUCGCAGAGCUGCUUUCAAGCAUCCAUGGAGGUCUCCGUGGGCUUCACGCAGCUUGCGCUCUGCUUGCGCGGGGGUCAGCAACAGCUCGGACGCGAGCAAGGCAACGUCGUCCUUGUUCACUUUGAUGGCUGCCAACUCCUUUUCCCGCUUCGCUGUGGCUUCCUUGUCUUGCUCUUCCUGUGCCUUGAGCGAUGUCAGGAGCUUUCUGAGCGAACCAACGUCAACGUCGUCCUUGCCGUCCUUGUCGUCGUCACCCGCGUUCAUGUUGUUCAUGGCGCUCGCCUCUUCCGCUUUGCUCUUGUCCUCUUCCACGACAGGUUGUUCCUCGUCGUCUUCUUCUUCUUCGACGUCCGUGCGUUCGUCAUGUUCUUUCUCCACGGACGCCGCGACGGCGGCAGGGACUUUCUUGCUCAUCGUGCGUUCUGUCAAUAAUACCAAUC